GUCGGAUUCAAUAGGAAACUUCACGUCGAUUAAAUCAGAUGAAAUUCAACCAGAAGAUUUCAUAAAACGUGUGGAGCUCAAGGAAAAAUAUGAAGAGUUGGUUGAAUGCAUAGACUGUCAUCAGCCGACUAUACAACAGAUAGACGGGGAGUUGAAUACAAUCACUCAGAAUGUACACUUAGGCAGGACUAUUCCUACUACAUGGAAUAAUCUAACACAACAAUUGACGCCAAAAGUAUUUCGUGAAUUGAUUACUGCAUCCUAUGAAGAGCUUACAAAGAAUCUAACACCAACCAUCAGACGCCUUUUAGAAUUUCAAUCGUUUGACUUUCUGCUGACGUCUGAAAUUGGUCAGCUACCAAAACCAUUUGCUAUUGAAGGUGCUAUGAAUUUCAUAUCAGAUCAAAUUGACAAUAUACAAGGCGAAAUGAACUGGUUACGUGGCCAUCUUGGACCAAUUAUCCUCUCUGAGGAUAGAUGUCAUCUCUUUGCGAGUAGAGACUAUAACGACAGUGAUAUUAUUAACAGUGAUAAUAACAAUUCAGAAAUUGUAGUGUUUGAUGAAACUGUCAGGGGAUUGGCUCAACUAAUUAACUACUGUAUGACUAUUUAUCAAAAUCUACAGUUGGAAUGUUUGCCAGCCGUUCAAACGUAUCAUGACACUAUGAAUUAUGCGGCAUGCUACUUGAAGACUAUUCAACGUCAAAUAGAUGUAUUAUUAGUACCGUUGGCAGAAGAAAAUAACAGUAGACAGACAAUUGUCAGCAGUCGAGAUGUUAAUGAAGAGGUUACUUUAGUCAUUUAUGAAAAACUGGAGACUCUUCGAACUGGUAAAGACCAGUGUUUGCAACUUUUGAACAGUGUUCAAAAUAAUCAUCGAAGCAUUGUUGAUAAGCUGAAUAAUUCCGUAGAACAAUUUCAAUAUUCAAUUCACAAAUUGCCUAUGGCGAAACAAGAUUCCUCGACAGCAGAUACAACAACCACAACAUUAUAUAAUAUUGAAAAUAUCCGGAAUUCAGUUAUUUCUGUUGAAUUAAUCUCUGAAAAUUUGAUGGAUUUUACAAAUCAAUUAAAGAAUAUGAUUGAUCAAUAUGAUGAAGUCAUUACUAGUCUUAGUCAGACGAAUGAUGAGAAGGCAAUUUCAGAAUUAUCCAAAGAUAGAAAUGUAUUCGAUUCAUUGGAGGAGGAAUACACUCAAGAGUCGGACUCACUACAGAAUUCUACUUUACCCCAAGACAUCAUUAAUUGUAUUAGUGAAUUUGACAAGAAUUAUGAAAGACUACUUAAUUCAUGGUCAAUACUUCCUUCAAGCUUGAAUCGAUUCAACGAAGAGCCUAUGGAGGAUGAGACAACAGUUGUUGGCAGUGGCAGUUUACUUCCUCUGAUUGUUAGUCAACAGCACGAUAAGGUUGAUACUAAUGAUUACAGUGUCAGCCACAUCAGUGAUGGAUUACAAGUGAUGUACAGAUGGUUCGAGGAAUUAGAUCACCUUGAAGACAACCUAAAAUCCUCAUGUGGUGAUGUCCUUCAUGAAAAUGAACUAUUUAUUAGUAGAAUAAAUAAAAUCAAUAAAUUACGUGAUGAUAUCAAAGAAAGAUUUACUGUGAGAUUGGCAGUGUCUGAACAAUUCUGUUUCAACCAUCGACUUGAUAAGGUUCUCGUGGAAUUCCAUCAAUUAAAAAAAACAUUUAAACAAUCCGCUUUAUCAUUACUUCAAGAUAUUGGUGUGUCUGAGGAUGAAACAUACAUCACAUCGAAUAUAUUUCGCAUAUGUGUUCAAUCAUUAAGAAAUAAACUGUCUGAAACUAAAGGAUUAAUCAGUAGACUUCAAGAUUUAGCUGAUGAAACUAAUUCAGUUGAUUUCGGCAUAAAUGAUUUACCAUUUGAAGCUGACGAAGACUUUGAGAAUAAGUCUACAGAAGAUUUGAUGAAACAGCCUUAUGACGCUAGACAGCUUUGUAUACCAAGUAUUUCAGUGCCUCUAUGGCAUGGACAAGUUAAAAUUAAUGAAGUGAUUGUAAACUUUUUGGAACAUAUUCAAAAUCAUCAUGAACGUUUACUUCUUGCCUAUGAACUGGCUGAACGUCUUUCAACAUGGUUAUCGAUAAUGCAUCCUAGAGUGGAUAAACUAAAAAUCAGACUACAACAAUGCAGUAUAAAACCAGUAAAUGAAGUUCCCAUUGAAGACUUGAACUCACAUUUGCAUAACAUAACAUUAUUCCGUCUUGAAAACUGUUCUCAAAUGUCGAUUAUUCAAUGCAUAGUCAAAGAUGGCAAUGAAUUCAAAAAUGUUAUUCUCCACCUGAAUGAAGAUUAUAAAUGGGAGGAUAAAACAGACGGCCUUCAGUUGGAAUUUCUUUCAUUAUCAUCCGGUAGUAGAUGUACCAAAGAGGCGUCUGAUGUUAUUACAUCAGUUAUACCCUUUGUAAAUCAAAAAGUGGAGAAAAUUAUGAAUGAUUUUAUCGUCAGUUUCAAUCAAUCAUCUAUCCUUCUUGAAGCUACUAGAAGUCGACUUAUUGAAACUGGACAAAUUCAAACACUGCUGAACGACUUUUCAAGUAUACUUAAUGAAUCAUCGAUUUGUUCUGCCAAAGUAUUGGAUCAUUGCCAGAGUGAAAAUGAGAUUGAAAGUGUUGGUCAGCAGGCGGAAGAGAAGGAGAAAGUUGUGGAAAGAGACGAAAAUGAUUUAUAUGUCAGUGAUGAACAAAACGACCUGGUUAAUGUAUCACUAAACCUUCCACUAAACCAUUCGGGAAAAAUGGAACACUUGGAGAUAUGGUGUAAAGAAGUAGAAUCAGUGCGAGGAAUGCUUAACGUGAUCGCUUCAAAUCCCUGCAUGGAUACUACUGAUGAUAAAGAUCUUGAAAGUGAAAUAAAACGAUUAACAAUACAAACUGAACAACAUUAUCUUGAUUUAUCAACAAAGAAAGCUAAACUAUUAGAUGAAGUAAAACAAGAGAACCAAUUGCUUCUGUCUAUAUCUGCUUGUUCUACUUGGAUUGGUCAGUUAAGAGAGGAACUGACGAAGCUCGGUAUACCAAAUCACCUGAAUGUUGAUGUAGCUGAAGUGAAAUGGAAAGAGUUUAAGGAAUGGGAGUUAACAUUUCAAAAUGAAAGUCAUAAACGAUUAAGCAGUCUGAUAAAACAAUUACCCAAUUCAAUAUUUCAAUCUAUUUUCAAACAAGAUAAAGCUUCAUUGACAAGCAUAGAAGAUUUUGUUUCAGACGAAAGAAACUUUAAUGACUACAUCAUCGACAUCAAUGACAAAAAAUCAACAUCGUCAUCAUCAUCGCUAACAACGAAAAGAAUUAAAUCACGUCUUGAGUUGAGCAUUUUACGUAUGCUAAGACAAUAUGCUGGUUGCCGACGUCAAUGUUCAAUCUUUAACAAAUUAUGGAUCAAGCAUAUAAACUAUGUAAAGCAUCAUGCGUACAGUUUGAACAAGAUACACUUAGUAUUUGAAGGAAUUCAAGCAGAAUUGUCCAAGUUGUACAGACCAUCGAAAUUGGUUAGCUGUUGUACAGCACAAUUGAAUAGUGUAAAGAAUGUUAUUGAUCAACUGAAAGAAUAUGAGGUGUUAGUAGUCAGUCUGUAUGAUUCACUACCUCUGCUGAAAUCGGUAUGUAGUACCAAUGAAGUAUCACGAGCAGUUGCAACUAUCAAAGAUACUAAACACAAUUUUGUCUGUUUAUUACGUCGAGCAACAGAACGGCAAAAGAUUCUAACACAAGCAUUAAAGGAAGAUACUAAGUUUGAUACAGCUUACCAUAGUUUAAUGGAGUGGUUCCUAACUAACGUUGAAGUGCUGAAAUCUUACAAUGCGCAUACUGUAUAUGAUGAAAAGAUUCAAGCGUCAAUUAAGACUUUGCUAAAAGAGUUUAAUCAACGACAAUCUGAUUAUUGGUUAGUUAUGCGAAUGGGUGGAAAUCUGAGAGAACGUUGUACAAUUUCAGAUCCAGAAAAGAAUAUACUCACUGAUAUGCUUGAUAAAUUAACAACACUGAAAUGUGAAUUUGCAUCACUACUGUCAACUUGAAUCGGGCUGGUAUUCAUUUCAAGUUAAUUGUCAAAUCGAAAUGGAGAAAUCAUCGUUAACUGCUCGAAAUAAGAAGUCGACAAUUU